AUGGUUUCUAUCGUUUUAGGUAGUCAGUGGGGAGAUGAAGGCAAGGGUAAAAUCACAGACAUGCUGUCGCAGCAGGCGACGCUUUGCUGUCGUGCUGCCGGUGGCCACAAUGCCGGCCACACCAUUGUCCACGACAAUGUCACCUACGACUUCCACAUUCUGCCCUCUGGUCUGGUAUCGCCUACGUGCAUCAACCUGAUCGGAGCCGGUACUGUCUUCCACGUUCCCAGUUUCUUCAAGGAACUGAAGGCCAUUGAAGAAAAGGGCCUUUCCUCCGCCGGCAAGCGUAUCUUUGUCUCCGAUCGUGCCCACGUCUGCUUUGACCUGCACUCCGUUGUCGACGGCUUGGAAGAGGCUGGCCUGGGUGGUCGCAAGGUCGGCACCACGGGCAAGGGCAUUGGUCCUUGCUACAGCGACAAGGCUGCCCGUCGCGGUGUUCGCGUGGGUGAGAUUCUGGAUGAGGAAACCUUUGAGCGGAAGCUUCGCACAUUGGACACUUCUUAUCGCGCACGCUUUGGCGACCUUGCAUAUGACGUUGAGGAGGAGAUUGCUCGCUUCAAGGAGUACCGCACGAUGCUCAAGCCUUAUAUCGUCGAUCAGCUCGAGUUCAUUCAAGAGCACAAGAACUCCCCCAACAUCCUCGUUGAGGGUGCCAAUGCCCUCAUGCUGGACUUGGACCACGGCACAUAUCCCUUCGUCACGUCAUCCUCAACGGGUCUCGGCGGAGCUGUCCAGGCGCUGGCCCUGAACCCCUCCAGCAUCAAGUCUGUCAUCGGUGUUGUCAAGGCCUACACUACUCGUGUCGGCUCUGGGCCUUUCCCCAGUGAACAGCUAAAUGAGGACGGUGACAAGCUGCAAAAGGUCGGCCGUGAGUUCGGUGUCACCACUGGUCGCCGCCGCCGAUGUGGCUGGUUGGAUCUAGUUCUGUGCCGUUACUCCCACGCGAUCAACCACUACACCGCUCUGAACCUCACCAAGCUCGAUGUCCUGGAUGACUUUGAUGAGAUCAAGGUCGGUGUCGCUUACGUCCUGCCCGAUGGCAAGCGUACCACUUGCAGCUUCCCCGCCGACCCCAACGUCGUGGAGAAGAUCAAGGUUGAGUACAAGACAUUGCCCGGUUGGAAGUGCAACACCAUGGGAGUCACUCGCUACGAGGACCUGCCCGAAAACGCUCGUGCUUACAUCGAGUUCAUUGAGCGUGAGCUCGGCGGUGUCCCUAUCAAGUGGAUCGGCACUGGCCCGGCUCGUGAGCACAUGAUUGCCCGCGAGUAA